GGUGACCUGGCCAAGAAGAAGAUCUACCCCACCGUCUGGUGGCUGUUCCGGGAUGGCCUUCUGCCCGAAAACACCUUCAUCGUGGGCUACGCCCGCUCCCGCCUCACAGUGGCUGACAUCCGCAAACAGAGUGAGCCCUUCUUCAAGGCCACCCCAGAGGAGAAGCUCAAGCUGGAGGACUUCUUUGCCCGCAACUCCUAUGUGGCUGGCCAGUACGAUGAUGCAGCCUCCUACCAGCGCCUCAACAGCCACAUGAAUGCCCUCCACCUGGGGUCACAGGCCAACCGCCUCUUCUACCUGGCCUUGCCCCCCACUGUCUACGAGGCUGUCACCAAGAACAUUCACGAGUCCUGCAUGAGCCAGAUCAGAGGCUGGAACCGCAUCAUCGUGGAGAAGCCCUUCGGGAGGGACCUGCAGA